UUGGAAUAUUUUUUAUUGGUUGGUAUACUCUAAGGAUUCUAUCAAGGAAUUGGGUUGAUGAAAUUGUCCGUGCCAUCUCAGGAUAUAAAAGGAUGAGAAAUUACGCACAGAGUCACUUAUCUUGACAGAUCGCUCCCAGACUUCAGACAACGUAUACCAGUAACAGGCUGGUGGCGUGGAUAAAACAUUGGUAUCUUAAGUUCCCAGUCCUACUACGAUUCAACAGCUCUCGACGACGAGUCACCUUCACCAAUCUGCGAAGAACUUUCUCGAUCUCAAUACUUUUAUCUUCCAAGAUCACCCCGUUGGUUACUUGCAAUAGUCAUGGCUAAAGUUGCAGUGAUUGCUUUCACCAUCGCCCUCAUCAUUACGUUUCUCGUCUCGAGUAAAUCUGUCGAGGCCAGUGGGGGGUACGGUCGCAAGCCCCCAUUUAACGGAUCAAUCUUCGGCAAACGGAACUCGGAAGGAGUUGGAGCGAGUUCCUCCAAUGGUGAAGGGUACGGAGGGGGAAAGUCACUCGGAAGCCUUUGCGAAAUCGCUUGGGAGACAUGUUCAGCUCUCUAUCUGGAGACUUCAAGGUGAACUUCUAGCUCGAUCAGCCUCUACUUUUCCAUCUAUCGCUCCCACCUUCUUCAUCAUCUCCGGUGAGCAUCUGCACUCUGUUGCCCGUCAUUCCCGAAACUCCUGAAAACUUUAAAUGUAUUUAGACUGUUAAGAAUCAAACAGGCUUGGCUGCUUGGAUUAUUUUUAGAAAAUUUAAUAGAGAUGUACAAAUUAACGUGCGAAGGAGGAACAAUUAGUGCCACACGUGCAAUUCUCCUAUCUCAACGGGUCUGACCGGGUUUUAGUCGAUUAUUAUUUAGUCAAUGUCGUUAGCCACAUAAAUAGCAAAAAGCAAGAUUACUUUGUCAGCAUGAAAUUAUAAAUUUCAUGAAUUUCCUGGUGUUAGGAUCCAUUUAAAUAGAUCAUAAAAUUCUUGAAAAAGGUUAAAUCUUUACAUGCUUUAUCGAGGUAUGCAAAUUUUUAAUCCAUUUUAAGAUCAUAGUGCAAUGAUUAUUAAUGGGAAACGUGAAUGUAAAUGUGCAAUUAUUAUUAAUCAUUUUAAAUUGUUUGCCAGAAUUAAAUGGCCGAGUUGCUUCAAUAAUAUAUAAAGCAUAAUAAAAAAAAUGACGUGAAGAAAAAAUCUG